AUGUCAACUUCAACCCAACGUAACGUCGCCGACCUCACAAACUGGUUUUUAAAUGCCAAACGCUCUCUCAACUCCGUAACAUACUGCACCCGCGGUAACGAAAUCAUAACGACAACUCGUAACUCCCUUAUCGAUGCCUCCAUUAUGUCCUCCCGUGCGUCCUUUCUCCAAAGCGGUAUUAAGGACGAAUUAAAGUUGCUUCAAACCGCAAAUUCAGUGAUGGAGAAUCAGCGUGAACUUGCUAGGAAGGAUUUCCAAAACUCCUUAGGGAUGUUAGAUGAGGCAGAUCAAAGGCUUGAUGAAACACUUGCGACUUUAAGGAGGACGGAGGUUGAAGGUGCUUUUUCGGCCGUGGAAGGAACGGGAGAGGAGGGACAGCAGAGGUGUUUAUACGAUUUCGUGGAUGAAGACGGUAUUGAGAAUUUGAAAAGUCAGCUGAAAGGGGUGAUUGAUCAAGUACAGGAAACAGAUGAAGUCUUUGAAUCGCAUCUGGAUCCAUUCACCGUGCUUAUCGCAUCGAUAACAGAGUCGCUAAGCUCGCUGUCGAAGAAAUCAGAUAUUCCCGAUCUCGUAAUCGCUAUCAGACCAUCUCUAGAAUUGAUGGAGGAGCAUGCCUCCGUGAUGGCAUCACUAUUGGAAUCGCUAGCAAAACAUUACGAUCUCUGCUCGUUGGCGCUAAAGCGGGCGGAAUCGCAUGAUGGUGGGAUAUCAAGUCAGGAAGGGGACCCUGAAACGGAAGAUGACAUAGCGAACAUGCUUGCUGUUCUUGAAAAGGAUGCCGGUGAAGUCGACGAUGUAGUAAACGAGAUCAAAGAACGACUCGAUGAUAUGGAAUCCACAGGUAUACUAGUCGAACGAACGCUUCAAGAUAUUGGAGAUCACUACCGAGCGGUACUUGCGCUUUUGGAGAAGAUGCAUGAUGGACAAAGUAGCUUAGUGGAUUGUACAAUACAAUCGAAGGACUUUGUGCAAAAGCAGAAUGACAACCAGAGGAUCAUCGCAGAGAGAUUGGACGAGUUGCAGAGGUUGACAGAUCACUACGUACUAUUUGGAGAUGCUUACGAUGCACUGCUUGUGGAGGUUGGAAGAAGGAUAACAGUGCAGCGACAGAAAGAUUCCAUCAUUCAAGAGGCCUUGGCACAGAUUGACAUGCUAAAUGAGCGGGACCUAAAUGAGAGAGAGCAAUUCCGGUCCGAAUAUGGUGAUUUCCUACCAUCGGAUAUCUGGCCAGGCUUGUCAGAUCCACCAGGAGCUUACACAGUCCAGCGGAUGGAUGCCUGGGAGAUUCCUGAAAUUAAACAGGGUGUUAUUGAGAAUGCAAUGACAAGACGAGCGGCUGCUAUCUCUAAAGAAGACCGUGACUUUCUCUGGCAGGCCAAGUCUGCGAAUCUAAAGGCCGACGUUCGUAAAAGAACAUACUCCGAAGAAUCAAUAUUUAAACCGAAUUCUUACGAUAUCCUCGCUGGUUUCUCCAGAAAACAUAACAAUGAAAAGGUUCGACAGGACGACAAAUACGAUAUCCCGCCCCCGCCCCCGCCCCCUUCGCACAGAGAGCGUCAUGGUGCUUCGAUAGCACAAUCUCGACCUAAAACGGUGGAUGGUGUUGUUCGAAGUGGAGGGGAAAGGGAUGCUGAGAAAACGAAGAAUCACAAGCAGCUUUUCGCAGCGAUAGAUCAUGGCUUCGAGAAAGGACCUGAGGAUUGGCCGGCGACAUUUUACCUUGUCGCUUGUGCUCAGGCAUAUGGUACUCUAGAUCCAAGAGUUCGCACAGCUUCCAUAUCCUACCUCGUCAAACGCUUUGUUAGAGGUGGAAGACACAACGAUAUUAUUCGUCUAUACACCGAGAUUCAGAACUCGUGGUUGCCAUUUGAGCAGCGAGAACUUGAUUCAAUUGAGUACUUCAAAUCAAUGUUCAAGGCGUUUACUCUAAAACCAGCCGAGUCAUCUAAAACCGUUAACGAUGUGCUACAAACCUUCAAUGCUGCAACCUCAAGCUUUCAACGGCAAUACACCCUCACUUCUUCUUCCUUCAAACAGCAUUUAACCCCAUACUUCAUGCUCUUCCUAUCGACCAAUCUUAGUCUCCGCGAAUCCCUCUCUGCCAUUUCCUCGAAGGUUUCGCAAAUCCAAAAUCCAGCCACCGGAUCUCGCCUCCUACCAAAUCUAUAUUCUAAGCUGAACUCUGCUCUCCUUGCAUCUCAGAAACUAAAACCGGAGACAGUAAACGGCUUUCGGUUGACAUCAUUCUAUAAAGCUCAAUCUUCGCUAUUAUCGAUAAUAUCACGGGUGCCCCGGGAAAGUUCCAUCUGUCAACAAUUUGCGAGGGUAAUAUUCUCACAAGCAUUAACAUGGGAAGAGAUUCUGGAGGGUAAAAAACUAGUCCUUGACAAUAGCGCUCCCGGAAAGACGCACGAAAUCCUCCCACUACAAUCGGCACUUUUCAGAUCCCUCCACCGUACUUCUACAGCUACGCAACCGGGCACCCAACGCGCCAAACACGUAGUGGAAUUCACUACUGACCUCCUGGCGCUUACAAACCUUCGUGGUGGGCCAAGACAGCUAGGCACCUCCGUCGCCGUCGCUCUAAGCCUUCACUCAAAUAUGGGGACAUUUACAGCUGCGGAAACAUUACUGGAUAAACUAGACAUGCUCCUAUCGAAAAAUAAAGAUAAAAGUGUAAAUGCCCCGGUAUUCUACAUCCAGGAUGCCAUCAACAACUUAAGAGAAACAGUCAUCCGCAAGACUUCACACCGACGAGAUGCAAAGUUUAGGGCGGCAGGGAUUGCAAUGCGGAUGUUUGAAUUGCAUGUUUUGUCCAUUCAACCUCGAGCCGGAAAGGGACGCGAGAGGAUACACCAGGGGCUUGUUAGGGAUCUGGUCAAAUUAUUAGCGUUAUGCGAUGACCAGGCGUCGGUACUGAGAGUUUGGGAGGCAUUGAAGGGAGAUGUUGGGGUUAAAAAUAUCAAGCUUUCGACAAUCGAAGGGAUUCUCGAUACAUUGACGAAAACGAGGGGCGUGGUGUACGCAAAGGAUAUACUACUAGAAGUCGAAAGGGAAGGAAGGAUCAGCCCGUCAACCAUCGUACCGUUUAUUGGUGUUAAAGAUAUGGAUGAUUGGGUGUUCGAUGAGAUUAUAAGAGCUGGUGUGAGGAAUGGUAUCGAUUGGAAGAGUGUGGGAUACUUGUAUCAGUUGAGAAGGGGGCAGGGGAGAAAGAGUAAAAAGGUCGAAGAAUGGGCAGAGGCGAUGAGGGGCUGCGGAGAUGAGUUUGUCUGGGGUAAGGGUGGGAUGGUAGUCGAAGAGGUGAUGGAAGGGGUCGAAAGAGCUUUUAAGGAGUAA